UGUAUCGAUAUUUUACCUUCGAAUUUUGGCAGUCAGAAUACACUUUUUGGAGGCAAAAUAUCGAUAUUCCGCCGCAGGCAUUUCAGUACAGACGACGCCUGGACUAAUACGUUAAUCAAAAACGAGUGGCACAGCCACAGGGAACCAGCGUUCCGUUGUUUCAUAGGACCGGCAAAAUCCACGGCAAAACCAUCGCGAUCACGGACGAACAUCAAGCAGUAACGUCAGUAACAGUGUUUUGGAAAACAUCGUGUAGGGAGGGUGUGUUGUGUGUUUAAAUUGUAUGUAGUGUGUGUCGUGACUGCCGUGUGCUGUGCGCUGUUUUUGGUGUUAUCGCGCAGAGUGAACACACCGGGAGAAAGUGAUCUCUGUUUCGUUCGUAACCCUAGACACUUUCGUCUUUCGAUUGUCGUUUCGUCUCUUUCGUUCCGACAUUAGUUCAAGUUUACUUUUUACCGUGUCGUAUCUAUGUCUAUAUGCGGCUAUGAAAUAGAUCUGCCAUUGUUUACAGAUGUCUGCCCAACAAUUUCUGUGAUAUUGAUGUCUCUGACAUUUGUAAAAGCCGACCAUUUGAUUUUGCCGAACCUAUUCGUUAUGCCAUGCUUUAGCACAAAUACGAGAAUUCAGGGAGGUAGAAGAGUGUUUGGUGUAGCAUAGCACAUCACAUUCCCAUACAUAUGUAAGUAGCAUCACACGAAAGACUGAUUUUCGUAGCAACUAUGUCGUCUGAAGAGCAGAAAGAAGAGGAGCAGACAAUGCUCGAAAAGACCAGCAAUAAUAAUUGUGACGAUUCCAGAUUGAACGUCGAUUUGCCCACAGAUCAAACAUCGCUGACCCAUGAUUUAGACAACUACCGUCACCAGGCUGAGUGCAACGGCAACUCUAGAGAAAAAGAUAACGAUACCAUAUGCGGUUUAGGACCAUGUACCCCAAAUUGGUUACAAAAAUUUGCCUCAAAACAGUCGUUCCUCAUAGUAUUUUGUAUAGCGUGGGUGCUGCAAGGAAUGUACCACACAUACUUCGUGAGUGCAAUAACUACGAUAGAAAAAUUGUUUCAAAUCCAAUCUAAAAUUACUGGAAUCAUAAUGAGUGCCACUGAAAUUGGACAAAUUGGGUCUUCCUUAUUGCUGACGUAUUAUGGUGGACAAGGUCACAGACCUAAGUGGAUAGCAUGGGGCAUGGUACUGUUCGCUGUGUCUUCCUUCACAUGUUCUCUACCUCACUUUAUCUAUGGAAGGCAACUGAUUACGGCCAACGAUUUGACGGGGAUUACAAAGGAACCAAAUGUUUGUAGAGCGUUUACAUCGAAUGCUAGUCUUUUAAUGAAUUCAAAUAACGCAUCUUCUAUAGAUAACUUUACAACGAGCUUGCCACAUAUAAUGCAAUCUUGUGAAGAAGAAAUAACAAUGGGACAUCGAUUGCAACCGUCGGUGACGAAUAUUGUAUUAGCCAUAUUUUUUAUCAGCUUACUGGGUGUCGGCAUGGGUCAAACGGCUGUGUACACCCUCGGAAUCCCCUAUAUCGACGAUAAUGUUGCCAGCAAGGAGUCACCCCUAUAUUUUGCAAUUACUAUCGGAGUGAGAAUAUUGGGCCCAGCACUAGGAUUCAUUGUCGGCUCAUUGUGUACUAGCGUUUACGCAGAUCUGUCUGUUGAUCCAAAGAUUGAUUCCUCAGACCCUAGAUGGGUUGGAGCUUGGUGGCUUGGUUUGGUUUUGAUUGCCGGCUUACUUAUGUUGGCAUCGUUGGCCAUGUUUGCCUUUCCCAAGAGGUUAUCUAGUGCCAAAACUAUAACUAGAAUAACACAUCCUUCCAGGAAACAUCCUAGCAUAAAAGAUUUUCCGAAAACCGUGAAACGUCUUUUAAAAAAUGACAUUCUGAUGUUUAGGACAGCUAGUAGUGUCUUGCAUAUUCUUCCUAUCGCAGGACUGUAUACCUUUCUGCCAAAAUAUCUAGAAACUCAGUUUCGCCUUCCAACCCCAUCUGCAAAUAUGAUAUCAGGUGUAGGAGGCAUUCUUGUGAUGGGUCUAGGCAUAAUAAUAAGUGGAGUAUUUAUUUUGAGAGUAAAGCCUAACGCAAGGUUUGUUGCGGCUUGGAUCGCUUUUACAGCAGUGAUAUAUGCAAUAGGUAUGGGAAUUCUAAUGUUCAUUGGUUGUCCAACUAAUGACUUAGCUGGCCUUAAAGAAAAUAAAUUCGAUGCCAAUCUACUCAAUUGCAACGAAACAUACUGCAAUUGCAACAAAGACAAAUUCGCACCAAUAUGCGGUCAAGACGGAAAGACGUAUUUGUCGCCGUGUCAUGCUGGUUGCCAGAACUACGUAGAAAAGGACGGCAAGAUAAUCGAGUAUUCACAAUGCAUGUGUUUGAAUUUCACCAGCAACACUACAGUGAAUGACCAAAAUAUAUACGGAAACGCUACAAUUGGAUACUGCGAUCUUCAAUGUCCGAAUUUUAUUUUGUAUAUCAUUUUAUUCUCUAUUUUCGUAUUUAUCCACUCGACGUCAGAAGUGGGAUCGAUGUUGUUGAUUUUGAGAUGCGUGGAUCCUAGAGACAAAGCGAUGGCACUGGGAUUGAUACAAUUUGCUAUUGGCCUGUUUGGAAACGUACCCUGUCCUAUAGUCUACGGAGCCGUUGUAGAUUCGGCCUGUCUUGUUUGGAAAAUGGCUUGUGGAGAGAAAGGAGCUUGCGGAUUGUACGAUUCUGAUGUCUUCAGGAUGUUCUAUCAUGGUACGACAGGGGCGAUACUUUUAUGUGCAUUUUUCGUAGAUGUGAUAGUAUGGUACAAAGCUGGAAGCAUAAACUUCGUAGACGAACAAGUACCGUUUGAGGCUGAAUUGAACCAGCUGACUAGCAAAAUCAAGAAUGAAGCCGAAUAGCAAUUGCCUAAGGUGGAAAACCCACCACGGUAUUGAUUUUAUAUAGUGAACAAUGAAUUAUAUACAGUGUGACACAGAAAAUUGAUUACCGUAUUGAUUAUGUUUAGUGAACAAUACAUACAUACGUAGAUCAAUGGUGCACUUCUCAAACAAGGUAUAUAUAGAAUUUUGUCACUACUCCUAUGUAUCACCAUUAUUGAUUCCAAUAUAUAUAUAUAUAAUUAAGGGAGCAAGAAAAAAAUCCAUUUUUUUCGGUUAUUUUUGACAGGCUGUAUUUCGGUGAAAAAUGUCCGUCUCUAGAUUUGUGACGCUUCAAAAUUCUAGUUUCCAGAUCUUUUAGCCGAAACAUUUUAGGAGCAAUGGUUCUCAUUCAUUUCCAACAGUGCAAGAAAAUGUUUGCCUUCUUUUUAGAUUAUUUUUCCAUGCUCCUAAAAUGUUUCGGCUAAAAACUUGAAAACCAAAAUCUUAAAGCCUCAAAAUGCUUUUUUUCAAGAAUAGAUACGAGCAUUUUUCACCGAAAUAGAGCUUGUAAAAAGUCACCGAAAAAUUUGGUUUUUUCUUGUUUCCUUAAUUUUUUUGAGUAGUGUAUAAUAUACACUGAAAGCCAAAUACCACGAGUGAGAUGCGUGCGAUACGUGUGUUUGAAAGAGAUAGAAGCACCUCGUUGCCUAGCAACCCGAGUACGAGGUCACGGAAUCCAUCGGCGCGCUCUUUCUAAAGCUAUGUACAGAUAUGUAACAACACCGCGAACCGAACCACUCGACGAACUGGGCCGCGCUAGUCUAGACGGUGAAAAAAAAACGCCGUCGCGAACCUGAUAAGCGUUACAGCUCGCCGUUCGGCCCGAUACAGACUGUCGGUUUUUCAGCGUAACAUCAAAGGAAAGGCUCGCGACGAAGUUGGACAUGUUUGGACUGGAAUAUCGGUGCGGCGAGUACGCGCUCAUAUCAGUAAAUGGAUAGAGCCCGUGAAGAAAAGAUGGAAUGGUCGGAGGAGAAAACUCUUUUGCUUAUAGAGCAUUACAAUAAAUUAAAAAAAAAUGAUGUCUUUCACUGAACGACAAACAUCAAAAUUGGAUCGUCAUUUUGUUGCGCGAUGUGGUUGCACGACGUGGUUCGGUUUGUGAUGAUGCUCGUUGCAAUGUUGUUCGUCAAAAUGCGCGCGCUGCGGUUCGUCGCGAGGUUCGGUUCGCGGUGUUGUUACAUAUCUGUACAUGGCUUAACAUACAAUCCCACGCUUAUCGUGUUCACAUUACAUCAGCCAAAUUUGAACCUCACCGUAUAUUAUUUAUAUCUUCGUCAUUCAAUCUGACCAAUAAGCAAAUCAACGAUGAUGACGUUUCCUACCCAUUUUACAAAUUCUUUGAAAUAUCUAGGGUUACUUCCAAUAAAGAACUUAUGACUAUCAAAUAAUUUCAGAUGCAAUCAUCCAAACAAAGUACUGAUGUGAUGUCGCCUAGCUACGAGCUAAACUGAUCUGGUCCACUGUUCCGUUUCGGACAUUUAGAAAUUGAUUGUUGAAAAAAACCGCUUGUGGCCUGCUUUAAAACUCAAAUUGAUAAAUGCAUAGCCAGUUUAGACAUGCCUAUUUCAAAUAAAGUACAAACCUACAAACAUUUGUAAUUUCUUACUCGUUUUCAAAUAUUUCAGAUAGAAAAGUGGUUGUGAAAUUAACAACAGGAAAUCAGAAUAUAAUUUUAAAUAAAAUUCGCAUUCACAUGUAUGUUUUGUUGUUAUAAUUGAGUUGGUCAUUUUAAAGACCACUAUAGUCAUAUUUUUUCUAAGAUGGUUUUCACGUAAGUCGAUACAUUCCUUCCUUAAAUAAUAUCGCAUAAAAAACGUUCAUUGCAUAAACAACGUAAAUGAAUGUAACAUCUGAAUAUUAUUCUGUAGUUGUCUCGCAGAUCAAUCUCCAUGUUCUGAGGCUGUCAAAUGAAGCCACAGAUGUAGAAUCAAGAGUUUACUAACGUUUCGACCACCUCGGUGGCAUAUUUCAAAGUACAAUAUAUUGUGAUCGUCUCUUAAAUCAUAUUUUUUUUCCUUUUUGCUGAAAGAUCUUAAAACAUGCAAAAGUAAUCUUUCAAUAUCAAAUACUAUAUUUAUCCCAAAAAAGUCCUUCAACACUGGUUUAUUUGUGAAUGAUACAGCUUUAAUUAAUUAAUGAAGAACUGAAAUCGUGUGACAUGAAGUAUGUGAAAUGACACAUUUAAUUAUUUACUAUGCUACUUUCUUUAAUUGACAAGUUCAAUAAUGAUGAUAUCUUGGGUUAGUAGUGAUAAAAUGUUACACCUCAAGUGUGAAAUAUACUGUAUAUACUCAAAUUUAUUUUUAUAUACGCUGACACAUUUUACGUGUUAAUAUUUUUGUGGUUAUUUUUAUAUGUAAUUCUUUAUACGUUACAGUAGUUUUUGGAGCCUUUUGAAGAGCUGUGAAAAUACUUGGAAUAAGUUUCUAACGUAGUCUAUGCCAUUUUUUAUACACAAGACUCCAAAUAUUGCAUUGGAUACACUAUUGAUAUCAAAGUUAGGUGCAUUUAUAAUUUUUCUAGUCUAUUAUGAAUAUUUUUAACUCAUCAUUCCUUACUGUUUUGAACCGUGGAAACUCUACAUCACUUAUUUAGGUAAUUUUUAUACUUAUAGUGCAAUAAGUUGAAUAGUAUUUUCCAUCUAUCAUGUUUUCAAUUUAAAAUGUUGGUUUCAUAAUUAUUAUCUUCCUGAAGCUGUGCAAUAAAAUAAAAAUGCUAGGAAAGAAUGUAUUUGAUCAGUUUUAUUCCACGAGAUUCAAGAUUGAGUUACGAAAUAUUUGAACAUUUUCUAUCAAGCAGAUUCGAUAAAACGAAAACAUGCACUUCACCAAAUCAAAAUCCUGUUUAUUGGGCUAGGGGAUAGGGAGAUUAUGAAUAACAGAAGUCUACAAUAAGUGGCGUCGUGAUAGGGAAUUUUGAAAAACGCGUUUGAUCACAUAUCUCAAACCAUCGAUCCAUUGUAAAAAGGUGAUAGAAAGAGUUUUGUAGGGAAUCAGAUUCUCUAUCAUUUUGCUUCCAUAAUUUAUUUUGUAUAGUAUACAAUAGUUUACGGGAAAUUGAACGAUAAAGCCAGACCAUAAUUAUCAUUUAUGACUAAGAAUACAAUUUUCCUACCACAUAUAAUUAUGGAAAAUGUAAUGUUUGUGAUGUUUUCAUUACGAAAAACACGUCACUUCGAUCAGUCUGUAUAUUGGUGAUUCCAUUAAAAUGGAAGAGGAAAUGUAGUAGGUAAUGUUGGUUUAUGACAUUACUCCCCUUCCAUUAAAAUUGUUGCAACGAUUGCCGAGGCUACGCAAUGACAAAAUGGCCAAUAGUGAGACUUAAGAAAGUGAGUCUUGCAUUUUCAAUUAUCAUCCGAAAAUAUCACACCUUACUAAAUGUGACAGUAAAAAAAAUAUUCACUUCAACAUGUUUUUCUUGAUCAUACAUCAUGUUUAUGGAGCUAUUCCCAAGUGAAAUUAUGUUGUAUAUAGCGUUCCGAGUUCUUAUACUUCUGGAACCAUAUCAAUCAGUUGCAAAAAAUGCAAGAUACCUUUUUUGUAGAAAAUUUUAUUUUCAGGGAAUUCAUAAUUUUUGGCUACUAGUUUAGUCGCUAUCAGCAAAAAUGUAAUUUCUGACGUUAAUUUUCUCGUCAACCGUUUACCGUACGAUAAAAUUGUAUGGGAUUGAGAUAAUGGAGAAUUUAAUUCUGUACAAAAAUGGUCAUACCAUUUCUUAUCGAAGAUUGAUAGUGAGAGAGGUAAUUGAUAUAAUGAAGCCAAUUUGGAUUUAUCGUUACAUAGCAGUAUUUCAACGAUAUCAAUAAACAAUUGUAUGUUGCACUUAUUGUAAGGAAAAAUUACCUAUUCCCUGGAGUCUGUCUGCACCCUUCUUUUAAUCGUAAAUAGUGUUCACUAGUACCUUUACUUAUUCUGUUAUAUUAUGCAUCACAGAGGCAUAGAACCGUUCACAUCACAAGAUUACAUCUUAUUCUGUACAUAAUGGAAGAUAUAACGUACAUGAUGAAUUUUUAGUGUGGGUCCAAUAUCUAUAUUAUGGAAGGACAAAAAAACUCGUAAAAUGUUUUAGUUUGAACAUAAUUGUAACGGAUAAUUGUGUGGUGUUUUUAGAGGUACAGAACUUUAAAAUGAACAUAUAUUAUGAAAUAAAUGCUUUAUAUAAAAAGAUAUUUUGACUCUAUCACACUAAAAAUCACAUUAUCUGGGUAAUUGUGUACAAAGUCUAAUUUUAAUAAAAACCUCGGAAAAUAUUUUUCAGUGAAUUGUUGGUAUAUUUUUGUUGAAUGGAUUUCAUAUAUUUUGCUGUAUUAAAAUCGCAUGUUUGUAUUUAUGUCAUUGUGGACGAUGUAUAUAUUAGAAAUAAUCUUGUAAGUAGAUGAACAGAAUGUUCGCUAUUGUAGUUCAGUGAGAGUUUUUAAGUGUUAGCCAUACUUUAGUGAAUCAUAUUUUGAUAUUAAAAAAAGAAAUUCCUAAAUCAAAAAUAGCUAAUUAGAUAAAUUUUAUGCAAAUUUUAUAUCUUGAAUGAACAGAGGGUGCUCAGAGACCUUACUAGGUACAUAUUUCUAUGAAAAUCUGCCAGUAAACUGAUAAUAAGUUUAUCACACAAGAUGGUUUUUACCAUUUCAAUUUUUUAUCUCAAAUGAAUUUGAAUAAGAACUCAAUGAUGGGAAUUAUUGGAACCAACUAUUGGGAUACUCAACUGAUUUUUGUUCUUGACAGAGGUAUAGUAGCAGAUAACUUCUCAAUGCGGGCUUGUGUGAUAAAUUUAAAUAGCAUAUAGCAACUAAGAGCAUUACCCUAGGAUAAACAAUGUGCAAUGUUAGGUCCACAGUUCAUUGUGAUAUUGCUUUGUAGUUUUUAUUAUAUAUUUUUAAGGAUUAAUGUAAUUUACAUAUAUUUACGAUCUAAAUUCCCAGUGUAUGGGAGCCUCUACACGCUCUGUUGUAGUAAAUGUUAAUCUAACCAGUCUCCUUUUGUUCUUCAAAUGGUUUAUCUUUUUCACAUAUUGCAGAAAUCAUUUCCAAGUAAUUAUGAAUAUUUUAUUGCUCGCCUGUAUUUUGGUUAUGGCAUGUAAUUUCAAAUUUGAGAUGUUAUUGAAAGCAAUAUCCACUCACGAAAUAUUUAUAGAUACUUGGAAAGAAAUCUGACAGUAUGAUAGAUAAAAAGUAUUCAUAUUUUUUAGUCUGAAAAACGUACAGGCUGCAGUGUUGAACACUACUACUUAAACUGUGAUAUUCAAUAUAUUUAUACGAUAUAUUUUUAAAUGUUCAAUCCACCAUCUGUCCGGUAAAUGUGAAAACGUCUGUCAAGCAUAACACAAUCAAUCUAAUAAGGGCGCAACUGUCUAUAGAUCUUUUCAUCGAUGUUAGCAGAAAGUUUUAAUCGCUUUGAAAUAGACUAAGUUCAGAAUACUCCUCGGGAUCUUGUAUGGGAGAGGACGGUAAACUUUCCACUUGCCAUCCUCAAAAACUAUUAUUUUCAAGCAUCGUAAUGGUUAUUUUUGGGUUUUUGUCACUUAUAACUCAAAACCGAUUAACUUAGAAUAUUGUUUAAAUUUGAGUUGGGUAACACCUUGAUUGAGCUAAGGUGCGUCCUGAAAUCGAUUGAGAAAACGUCUCCCAUGAAUACGAGAUUUUCGUUUUGUAUAUUAGCAUUCAAAAAAAUUAUUGAUUGAGCAUUUACAUGAUUCCUCUCAAGUAAAAGCUUUCGCUCUGAACCGCCUUCGUCCAAGGUCUACUGAAACAAUAAUCCAAUAUAUUUCCUUAUUUUUUACAUACUUUGAAAAGAUCUGUAAAUACAUUGCAUAUGCAGGGUGAGCUUCUAGUGUAUACUCGUUCGAUAAUGCCGUUACUAUAAAAAAAUAUCUAAAAAAGUUUUUUACAAAAAUUAUAGGCAAACGUUCUUACUUUGAAAAUAUACCGCUCUCUACAGGGCGAUUCAUAACUACAUGGCAUGCAUUUUUUCAAAUAUCUCCGUGUAUUCCGAAAGAUAUCAUUAAAAUAAAAAAUAUGUAAGGUUUUGAUCGCUACUUAUGGAGAUACGGGAUAUUUUGUCCAAAAGAUACUCAACUUUGACAGCUAAGUCAGUUUUGCACAUGGAGUAACAGACUUUUCGUCAAAAUGCGUUUCUUAUUCCAUUGUUUCUCAUUCAUAUUUGUUUUAAAUUGUAUUCAUCGUUUUCUCAAACAAAUCAAAAUGGGAUACCUUGUAUAUUUCGAUAAUCCUUUUUUUAGUUUUAUGUUGGUAUAUAUUUGUUGGGGUUGAAUUAUAUUUUUUUUUAGUUAUUUGCAGUUCCCAAAAAUUACAAUGUAAAAUAAGUUCCACGUAAUACGUGGAAACCGAGACAUUUUUGUGGAUGACAAUUCAUUUUAAUGAAAGCUUGUACCUAUCCACCAAAACUCUGCCCUUAAAAAAGUCAUACCAAAAUAAAUAAGAAGGAUAAACCAACCUCGUAAAGAUAUAUACGGCGUUCCAUUUGAUUUUCUUGAGAAAAAGUAUAUUUUCCGUUUAUACCGUAUAGAGGAUGCACCAAGUUUAAAAAACUAUUAAAUGAGAAAGAACCAGAUAUGCAGCAGAUCUGCAAAAUUGACCAAUUUACAAAUUACCAUCGUCGAGUAUUUUUUUUAAAGUAUGUCGCUGCAGAAGUCUAUUCAUGUUGUAUCAAUAUUGUUCUUUUGAAAGGACCUUUCAGAAUCUACUAAAAUAUAUAAAGCAUUUUAUUAAAAAAAAAACAUAGUAGGUAGUUAUGAAUCUCCCUGUAGAUAGUGUAUAUUUUCCGACUGAGGAGUGUAUAUUUGCCUAUAUUUUUUGUAAAUAAAUUUAUUAAAUAUAUGUAUUUCAAUAACGGCUGUCUACCGCGACGGUACUAAAAACUCGCCCUGUACACGCUUUAAAAGUGUAUUUUUAAUCGCAUUAUGUUUAGGAUCAAUCAAUUUAAGAAUUUAAAGAAUCAGAUUUUUCAUUAGUGACUUUGUGGCAUCAACAAGAACCUCGUAAAAUACAUCACAUAGACGUUUUGUAAAUAUUUGUUAAUGUUUAAGUCCAAUCGAAUGCCCCUUUUUGAUUUUAAUGGAAUUGAAAUAAUGCCACAAAUCAGUUACAAAUUCAAAUAUGGUUAGGUUAUAGCUAAGUACUCGAAUAAUGAAUGUUGUUUUCGUAAAUAAAAAAAUGAGUUUCACUAGUUACCACUUCUUAUAAAAACAAUGUUAUUACAUGUUACUUAUUGUGCCAUGUACUAUAUUUUCAGUAUAGGUAUAUGUUUAAAAAUACCUCAUCUUUCAUACUAUGCUCAAGAUUGAUACUUUUUCUAUAAACAAACUUUUUUUAUAAAAGUUAACUUGAUGUAAUUUUAUUAACAAUAAUAAAGUAGUGUAUUCU